UGGACAACGCUGACCCAAACUUUCACUUUAAGAAGGCGCGUCUGCGCUGCGGUGUAGUGUGUUUAUUACAAAUCUUAAAGUGGCACAUGGAAACCAUCGCUGAUUUCUGCACGGAACGCGAAUCUACUCCUCCAGAUUCUGUCCCGCGAGAGGAAAGGCCUUUGACUAAGUGAUCCGGAGGAGCGCGAUCCUGUGAGCAGCGUGUUUUUGUGGACGGAGGCGGCGGCGCUGUCAGUGUAUUGCUGCAGCGUGGAGCGCGCCUCGCCAGGACGCACGGCGAGCCGACACACACACACACACGCACACACACAUAGACGGAGACAGAGGAGAGGGGGAUCAGCACAGUCUGACUGACUGGGGGUCGGUGCUGGGCUCCGGAGAAAUAAUGAAAAGUCGGCCGUGAAGGGGAAAGCAGGGAUGGAGUCGCCGCCGGGGAGCAGCCGCCGCUGUGAGCCCAGCUCGGCCAGACGGGAGUAACCGAGUCCGGAAAGUGGCUGGGAUGGCAGCAUCCAGCAACUCAAGCCUCUCCGGUUCAUCUCUGUCCUCUGACCCGGAGGAUUACCAACCGCCAAUAUGGAAGUCCUACUUAUACCAGCUACAGCAGGAAGCCCCGAGGCCAAAGAGGAUCACAUGUCCCCAGGAGAUGGAGAGCAGGCCCAAAUUCUAUGGCAGAGAAUUUCAUGGCAUGAUCUCUCGGGAGUAUGCAGACGAGCUGCUGUCGGGAGCAGAGGGUUCUUACCUUAUCAGAGAGAGCCAAAGACAGCCGGGGUCACACACCCUGGCCUUAAGGUUUGGGCACCAGACCUUCAACUACAGACUGUUUUACGAUGGGAAGCACUUUGUUGGGGAGAAACGGUUCGAGUCGGUGCACGACCUCGUGACGGAUGCUCUCAUCAUCCUUUACAUUGAGACCAAGGCAGCGGAGUACAUCGCCAAAAUGACCACUAAUCCCAUCUAUGAACAUCUCGGCUAUACGUCGCUGCUCAAGGACAAAAUGGUGCACAGGCUGAGCCGGGGACGCACAGAACCGCGCAGAGUCACCUUCCAGAGAGACGAGAAGAUCUCCUCGCCACUGGUGCGGCGGAGUGCCUUGAAAGACACUCCUGAAAAGCAGUGUUUCUAUGAAAAGAUCCACAACUUCAAGGUACACACCUUUCGAGGGCCGCACUGGUGCGAGUAUUGUGCCAACUUCAUGUGGGGUCUCAUUGCUCAAGGCGUCCGCUGCUCAGAUUGUGGGCUGAAUGUACACAAACAGUGCUCCAAACUGGUUCCCAGCGACUGCCAGCCAGACCUGCGCAGGAUAAAGAAAGUGUUCAGCUGUGACCUGACCACGCUCGUCAAGGCUCACAACACCACACGGCCCAUGGUGGUGGACAUGUGCAUCCGGGAGAUUGAACUGAGAGGUAUGAAAUCUGAAGGUCUCUACAGAGUUUCUGGAUUUUCAGAGCACAUUGAGGAUGUGCGGCUUUCUUUUGACCGAGAUGGUGAAAAGGCCGACAUCAGUGCCAGUGCCUAUGCAGACAUCAACAUCAUUGCCGGUGCUUUGAAGCUGUAUUUGAGAGACCUCCCCAUCCCAGUCAUCACAUUCGACUUGUACUCCAAGUUUAUUCAAGCCGCAAAAAUGCCAAAUUCUGACUCCAGACUGGAGGCGAUCCAUGAGGGGCUGCUGCAGCUCCCGCCGGCCCACUACGAGACCUUACGGUACCUGAUGGCUCACCUCAAGAGGGUGACAAUGUUCGAAAAGGACAAUUUGAUGAAUGCCGAGAACCUGGGAAUUAUAUUCGGCCCAACUCUUAUGCAGCCACCGGAGCUGAAUGCUUUGACAACCCUGAAUGACAUGAGGCAACAGAAAGUAGUGGUGCAGCUUCUAAUAGAGCAUGAAGAUGUCUUAUUCUGAGAACCGAGGCAUCGGGUCCUUGAAACAGAAGCGAAGGACAAUUAUUUAUUCCGUCAAAGAGGAAACUCAAGCCACCAUGACUCCAGUGAAGAUUCAGAGACUAGUUUGUGUUGAAUUGCUUUUCUUUUCUCGCAUGAAAAUUUUAGUUUGAGUUGGUUUUAGUGUCAACCUUGUCUUGUUACUGUAAGUUUUGGGUUUCUUACUUGGCCAAGACCAUCAUUUUUAUGAAAGGAAUGGUUCCUGUGUUUCUAAGUACCUGCGAUGCUGUUGGCCGCACUGCAAUUUGAAGACUGCCGCUACCUGGUGUAGUCUCAGUCCCGACGGCGGUGCUGCGUUAAAUCUGUGCUGAGCAGAUUGUCAAUCAGUGAGGAACUGGCAGCCUCACAGAUCAGCCAAGCUCACGUUCCCACACGGCGUGUCGGGUCCGUACGCACACAUUUGUGGGAACACUUGUCAAAAAAAUGAAAUGGAACAAUAUGGAUUCUUUCAUUGUAGAUAAAAUUAGAUCAUGUAAUGAUCGAUACUUUACCGUGUGUUCUAAAAGAUGAGAAAUGAGACAAUUUGGCGCUCAUGAAGCACUUUUUUGCAGCAAGUGUAAAAAAAAUUUUUUGUAAAGAUGUUUAUUUUGUCUUUUACUCUGCGUUAUUCUUUUGUCACAGUAAUAUAUGCUGUUGAGAUUAAUAUUUGUUCAAUUGAUGUCUGAAUUACACAAAUUGUUUGCAAAAAA